AUGAGCGACAGCCUACGGGGGAUUGGGGAGUGUGAGAUCUCUGUCGACCCUGAAUACGACUGGACAGCUGAGUGGGGAUGGGUGCUUAGAAUGCGAGCGUAUACUGACCCUGAGAAUGCUAGCUGUUCGCACUGGUCAGUCGAUUUUAGUAUUUUCUUCCGGGACUUGCCUUUCCUGCUGGGCACUGGCGGCAUCUCAUGGGAUAGAGCACAUGUCCAUCAGAGUGACUUUCGCCACUGCAUGAACACAGACCCCGAUAGAGCACGGCCCUGGGUGCAGUCUUCGACCUAUAAACCCAAGAUCCCAAGUGUUAGAUGGCGAGCUGAAGCUAUCCACAGAUCGCGCCAUCUGCCUCUGGGCCGGAACAGCCUCGUCAGUCUUCUCUCCGCAGAGACAGUCUACCAGGCCGAGAUGUAUCAGCGAACAGUGGCAGGGAGAUCUACGCGUGUCAUGGUGUAUUACCGGGAAGUGGGCUACGGGAAUGACAUCACGGGCCAGCCUCUGGAUGUGUGGCAUGAUGGCCUUCUUGAGAGAUUCGGCCAGUUUAUCCGGCCUUUGAUGCCUUUUGAUCCGUAUUGUGCAGAAGAAGGCGGAAACAAGGAGAGGGAAAUACUUGGCUGA